AUGGCUAAAAGAAUUGCUAAGAAAAUGAUCGUUGGUGAUGCUAGUGAAGAGUAUAGUAGGGUGUGGGAUUAUGCUGAAGCGAUAAGGAGGUUUAACCCAGGAAGCACUGCAAUCGUGAAAUGCAUUGGAAUAGACACACCUCCACCCUUGUUUCAAAGGAUGUAUAUAUGUUUGCCAGCAUGUAAGGAGGGUUUUGUUGCUGGAUAUAGGCCUAUUAUAGGUGUGGAUGGGGCACAUUUGAAGGGAGAAUUCCCUGGGGUUUUGCUGACUGCUGUAGGUAAGGAUGGGAACAAUAACAUCUUCCCUGUUGCAUGGGCUGUGGUUGAAACCGAAAAUGUAGAAACCUGGACUUGGUUUCUAAAUCUCCUCGUAGAAGACCUGAAGUCGGUUAGUCCAUCGAGUAGUUGUGCGCGAGCUGGAUGUGAAGAUUUUACCUUCAUGAGCGAUAGGCAAAAGGGUUUGAUUGAAGCUUUGAAUUCAGUAGUUCAUGAAGCUAAAAUUAGGUUCUGCUGUAGGCAUAUUUGGGCUAACUUCAAGAUCAAGUUUCCUGGAGAGUUGUACAAACAACACUUUUGGAGAGCAGCAAGAGCUUACAACAAGUUUCAUUUUCAUAAGGAAAUGAUUGCAAUAAAGAAUAUUUUUGUUGAGGCACAUGCAUAUCUAUCUGCUAUUCCUGCUAAACAUUGGUCUAGGCAUGCCUUUUGUAGUAGGAGUAAGUCUGGAAUGUUGUUAAAUAAUUGUUGUGAGUCAUUCAACAACGUGUUAGUAGAAGCUAGGGGGAAGCCCAUUAUUUCUCUUAUGGAGUGGAUUAGGAGAUAUGUGAUGCAAAGGAGUGCAGCCAAACGAGAAGGGUUGGAUAAAUUUAAAGGUGUGUUGAUGCCAACUAUCACCAAAAUGAUUGAAAAAAAUUCAAAGGAAAUAUAUGGUUUGAGGGUAAUCCCAGUAGAUGUGUCUGAGUUUGAGGUGGAUGAUGAUGAAAAAAGUUACGUUGUAAACUUGACCAAUAAGACUUGCCUUUGUGGAAGUUGGAAUCUUCUGGGGAUCCCUUGCAAACAUGCCAUGGCUUGUAUUCUUUGUAGAAAAUUAGAUGCUAGUGAUUUUGUCCAUGAGGCGUAUCUUGUAGAAACGUAUGCCAAGACGUAUGCUCCUAAGUUUUAUGGUAAAGGAGGUAAGAAGCCUGCAACUGGUGUUCGAGAAUACAAGCAACGGAGAUGUGGUCAUUGUGGUGAGUUAGGUCACUACAAAAAGGGAUGCGAGAAUCCAACCAAACCACAACCAACAAAGAUGAAGUCAAAGGGUGGAAGGCCUAAAACGGGAUCUUCUUGUACUCAACUGUUCACACCAAAUGACAUGCCUUGCUCCAGUAGUGAACAACUAAUGCUAAGUGCAACAGAUGCAUCAAAUGAACUCAGAAUGUGCUAUCUUGAACUAGAUGUAAUCAAAUCAGUAAUUGAACUGAGAUAUGUGUUUGAAUUCAAUGUUCAAUGGUCAAUGUUCAAUGUAUUAGUGCAGCAAUGUUCAAUGUUCAAUGAACUGAUAUAA